AUGAUCCGUAUUCACGUCGUAGCAGCGUCCGCAUUAGUGUUUGACCUCUCAGAUGUCCGAUCGUUGCGUUCGCUCGGCAUCACGGGAGUCCUCGUAGGUACGUUGCCUCGAGCACCGCAGCAGAAUGUUUUUUUGGGUCUACCGUUGCAGCUCAGCGUCUACGAGGCCACCUGGCUUGUAGCAAACGGCCACGCGCAUCUUGUUGAUGGUGCGUUGUAUAACGACACCGUGGCUGAGUGUUUAGGCAAGUGCAGGGACCAUGUUGGAGACCUUAAGUAUGCCGUGACUCCAGACGUCCUCCAGGCACCACGGGGUAAGUGUGACGGCGACAAAGAGGGUGGCGAAGACAUGGUGCGUGGCGAUGGUUUACGUGACUUGAUGAAUGCGACGGGAGCCAAUGCCGAAAUGGGUCGAGGAUCAUCUGAAAGUGGAAAUAUCCCACCCAGAGACGGAUCCGAGCAUACCAGUGCAGAGGGUGGGUUGUACAGAGGUGAAUUUGACUGUAGAGUUGAAAACGAAAAUGUUAAAACAAGAAAGGAAGAUGAUAUCGUCGGCAGAAGUGAUGAAUAUGAAAAUGGUGAAGGUAGAGCUAAACAUGCACAUGAAGAAAGUGAACAUGAAAUUGUCAACGAUGAAAAUGAAGCUAGACAGGUGGGAAUUGAACAGAAGCACGCAAAUGAAGAGAUAAGAGAUAAUCAAGAGCAUCAAAUUGGGCAUGAAAAUGCUCAUACAGAUGAACAACGAGAUAAACAUGUGAAUGAGAAUAGUGAUGUCCCUCUAAGUCACUUGCAGAUAAAUGUCGAGAAACAAUUAACCAUCAGUGCUCCAAAAGGUACGCAAGAUGCUGCCGUAAUGGGCCCGGCUGUUGAUGGCGAUGCCAAUAUCGCCUUCGAUGCAUGUGUUAUGACUUUAUCGCAAUUUCUCGCUCGCCAGACACUUCCCGACGCAUUCUUAGCAAAGUAUAGUGCAUUUUCCCAUCUCCGCAGUCGAGAUUUCUACAUGAUGCCAGGACUACGAUUUGGCGGAGUGUUCGUUGCCUAUCCCGGCGAUCCAUUGCAGUUCCACUCGCAUUUGAUAGUGAAAGUGCUCCAGAAAGACGAGAACGUCGACUUGUUGGAGCUUGUUACUAGUGGUAGACUAGCUACGGCCGUCAAGAAGGCCUGGGUCCUCAUCGGAGAGGACACCACUGCAACGGAAGAAGCUCCUACACCAGCAGAACGCUUGUCCCCUACUCCAAUGCGAGCUUUCUCCAUUGAGUGGGCAGGAUUCGGCUGA